AUGAACGCAAGUUCCAACACUCCGGCGAUGACAACGACGACAACGACGACUGCCCAGCCAGUCCUCCACAUUGGCAUUUGGGACAUCAUCCUCGAGCAGCUUGCUAGAUUUAUUGCUUUGAACCGUGAGGCUGCCCACCAGAACCCUGGUUCCACGACUGAUCGAAGCAUUGUUGCGGCGAACCACAUCAAUGCCGAAACUCCGAGCAUCGGAUGCUUUGGCAGUCGCCUCCUCCGCAAGCUGGCCCACAUGUCUACGGAAAAGGGCUUCCAGGUCAUGCUCAAGAGCUUGACGGCAGACUGGUGGAUGAACGUCCAGCCAGUCAUUCAUACCUUUAGAAAGCUGGAAAGUCUCUCCCUCGUCUUUCUCGAUGACUUGGACAAGUCCGCAGCCGCAUUGAUCACGAGCCAUCUGCCAUUGUUGACAAAGAUAUCAGUCGUACAGGCCGAUGACUCUUACAUUGCUUCCUUUGCAGACUUCGUCUCGGGGCUACAGCCGACUCAGUUGCGUUCGUUCGACUGCUCGCUCAAUCAGACGCAGGUGCCACUUUUGAGGGCAAUUGUCUGGCAGACUUGUCUCCAGGAACUGACCAUGAACUUCAUAGUUCGCCCUCCUUUUGAGCUGCAUCGACUCUUUGAGCUGACAGACUUGAAAUCGUUGACCCUUAGCUUCAACUACCAGCCAUCGCCUCAAAAUCGAUUGAGGUUCAAAAGAUGGGCCGAAGAGAACCGCAGCAAGUUUGCAGACUGGCUAAAGUCGUGCAAGGCUCUUCGAAGUCUCCAUCUCUUCCGCUUUCCGGACCUCGUUCCCGCGGUUGCUGAUGCUCUUCCUCACUUACAUCUACGCAGGUUGCACAUUUUCUCCACGGGAUGCUACGAAAACUUCUAUGAAGCACUUGAGACGCAGCAGCUCGAGUAUCUCUUCCUAGCUGAGUGCUCUGAAGAAGGCCUCAGCAACCCUACUUCGAGGUUGAAAGAACGAGGCGAGCUCGUCAUGAAAGCAGCGACAGCCAUGCCGUGUCUUCGGGAUCUGCGACUGCACACUUACUCCACCCUUGACUGUAGUGUGCUCGAUAGCAUUGCCAGAUACGCACCGAGGCUCCAAACUCUGUCCUUUGUCUGCCGAAAAGGUGAGAACUCGACCUGGACGCUCCGUGCUCUCGAGGGCUUCAAACACCUCACCAGCCUGACAGUACUGGGCCACACCAAGUUCUCGUCGCGCGAGAUACUCUACUGA